GGAUAAAGAAACUUUCCUCCCACAAUUAUUUCAACAUCUUUCUUUCAGUUGAAUGUCAAGUUAAAUAAUGCAAUUAACACAUUACUUUUCAAAAAUUUGCUUGUCCCCAUGUACAAAGCGAUUCAUCUCGGUCAGUGCUAGAAUUCCAAAUAAAUGGACAAAACCUUCUCGGUAUAGUUCAGAGAAUCAGCAUAUAUUGGAUAACUUUAUGAUCCCUGGUCCUGCAUUGAAAUAUUUUAAAACAAAAGCCGAUAAGAGGAGACAAGGUGAUGAUAAUAAGACGAUUGCGGAAAGAGCAAGUACUAUUAAGAAUCUAUAUACAACUCCAGCUAAGCCCAUCUCUUUUAAUGAAUUUGAUGCUACACCGACAAUAGCCCAAGAUCGUCUUGCAAAGCGUAUACAGAGGGCUAUUUUAACCGUUUAUUCGACUGAAGAUUUUCCCACUCAAUGGAUUACACCUAGUCAAGUGAAUAUACAUGGUGUAAAAGUCUCAAGGAAUCUGAGAAAAUGUCAAAUUUUAUAUGAACCCAUUUCAACUAAAAAAGGAGAAAGAGGAAAUGUACAUAGAGCUUUAAAACAUUAUACCCAUUUACUAAACAUGAUGAUUCAACGUCAACUAAGGCAACCGAUUUCGGUUAAAUUUGUUCCUGACGUACAUACGAAAGAAAUAGAAGCUUUAUUUGAAAAGAUUUCAAAUGAAAUAGAAAAAGAAAACCAGCAUGUUUAAAAAAUAAUAAUAUAAAGGGCUAGAGUCCUAUUUGCUUAUAAGUAGGAUCAGACAUGGCAAUGUCUUCUAUAGCAGGUGCAAAUCCUAAUCGAUUUUCUCCAAAGUCAAAUACCUUGAUAGAAAAUAAAAUUUUAAAGAUAUCUCCUAGUAUCCAUGUGUUUCCUUCUUCUUCAUUAUCUGUUGAAAU